CUCUCUCUCUCUCUCUCUCUCUCUCUCUACCAUUAUAAUACCAUCACCACCACCACCACCUUCCUCUUCUUCUUCUUCUUCUUCUUCUUCCUCAGAAGGCCCGAGCAGAGGCAGAGCGGCUCCAGCAAUAAUGGGGGAGCAGACCUAGUAGGAACAAAAGGUGGUAGAUAGAUUGACAGAUUCAUGAGCCACCACAGAAUAAAGCAAAGCAGGUCAAACCCAACACCCAUCAGCCCCCCUUCUCUCUCUCUCUCUCUCUAUCCGCCCACCCGCCACCUUCCCUUCCCAAUCACCUAAUCCUUUCUUCCCCCGGCAAUCCGGCCGCAGCCCCAUGAUUGUGCUCUGCUCCUGCAGCACUCUAAAUGAUGCUCAGAUCUACUAGAUGUACCACUGCGAACUGAUCAGGAAUUGAACCGAACCAUGGUGAGCCUAAGGAGGCGCAAGCUAUUGGGACUCUGUUCUGGAAAAAACUCUUUUCCACUUCCCAAGUCUUCAGAUGUAAAUGUGACUGAUAGUCCUAACACGAGCUUCAAACCCGUUACUGUCCAUCCAUUGCCAUUGGAUGACGUGAAGGAUUUCGACACGAAAAACGUUGCAAUAAUAGGAGCUGGAUCAUCAAAUUUAUCAGGCUCUAGUUCAUCGAAGGAGCAGAAGAAUGAGCAGCCUCCAGAGCAACCAAUCAAGAGGCGAAAGCGGCAUAGAAGGAAACAUCACCAAAACCAAGAGCAAUGCCUGAUGAGAGGAGUGUACUUCAAGAAUAUGAAGUGGCAAGCCGCUAUAAAGGUUGACAAGAAGCAGAUACACUUGGGAACUGUUGGUUCUCAAGUAGAGGCUGCUCGUCUCUAUGACAGAGCUGCAUUCAUGUGCGGGAGGGAACCCAACUUCGAGCUGUCUGAGGAAGAGAAGCAAGAACUUCGGAAGCUCAGCUGGGACGAAUUCUUGGCGCUGACUCGCCACGCAAUAACCAAUAAGAAACACAAGAGAUCGGGAGUCGGGGCAAGGUCACAGAAGAAGUCCGAGCCCGCUGCAAUGCAGAACAGUGACUGGGAGGGGGAUCAGGAAGGAGCCAAUAGCAUGUCGGGUUCCGAGGAGCUAGACCCUGAGGACACCUCGGUCUUGUAGAAAAGCCGAGCCUGUCUGACCCUCGCAUGGCUCAGAGCCGAUUAAAUUUAGUGACUCGGUUCUGAGCUCGAUUUGGCCUACAAUUUUUUAGUUUCCUUGUGUUAUAGGAAGCCCCUAUUAGGGCUCGAUAUAUCAGAUACCAAUCACCUACCAUUCACUCUCCUCCAAGACGCAGAUUCUUAUAGCUCCUUAUUAACACAAUAAAACCCCUCAUAAAUGUCACCAGUUUAUUUUCCCACUCUUUCUGAAGUAACUUCUAGAAGACCUUAACUCGCAA